CACCUUAUUGAAAAUUGGUUCGUUUUACUUGGAUAUUUCCUAAGUUUUACGAACAUAGAAAUGUCUGAUAUACUUAUCUGGCUCCUCCUCUUCUGCUAUAUCUCACAUUAAAACUCCAAAACUUCAACCACUACUAAAUCUCCUUAUCAAAAAUGAUCAUAACAGUGCUACCAGCUUAUCUGGAUAGAUCUAACCCAAUAAUGUCAAAGCAGGCUUUUUUAUUUCCAAGAAUAUGGUUAGUGGGGAACUGCUGUUUCCCAAUUCUAAGCUAGUCUUAUUAAGAUACCAGUAAUGCUUUGAAGCCAGAAUGCUCAGCUAGCUGAGUUUACUGUCGUCCUAAAAUACUUAAAAAAGUGAAACAUUUUGACGAUGAGAUUAUCUAUUAUCUUGGAUUUAAGCAAAAUCCUGACUUUCUCAAUGUUUUGUUAUAAACCAUUUGUCAAGCCGUCCAAAUUAGUUCCCAGAAAGCUAUUUUGAUUUUAAUUGAAGUUGCGCACCUUCUGAGACUCUUAUUUGAUCCAUUUUUAAGCUUUGCUUUAGGGAUUACAAAGAAAGAUACUUCAUUUGUGAAAAAGCCAAAUAAAGAAAAGAUUUAAUAACUUGAAACGAUAUACAUGAGAUCUUG